AUGUAUGCUGAUCGGGUGGAGAGUGGACCUCGGAGAUCAGUGAAGGAACGUCUUGAUAGGAACUUCCUCACUGAUUCUACUCGCCAACAGAAAGUCACCGGAAAGAGGCAGAGGCAAGAUGACAAGUGGAAACAUGAUCUAUAUGCUGAUGAACCCCGGCUCUAUAAUCGCAAGGUCACUGCUCAAGAUCUUCGUUUGAAGCUUCAAAAGAAAGGUCUUCAUCCUGGAGGUCAAACUGGAAAGAGUUCUGUUCCUGGUGAGAGGGAUCUCCGUGAAAGGCUAUCAGGGACAAUGAAUCCACAACCAAAAAACUAUGACCCACCAAAGCCUAAAGUUGUUGCUAAACCUAGCAGUAAAAGUAUUGAUGUUGAGACUCCUGCAAUACAUAUCAAAAGAUCAGCGAAUCCAAUUCCUAAAAAGGUGUCCCGAAAGGCUGACGCUUCCUUGGAUGAAUUUUUGCUGUCACUGGGUCUCGAAAAGUAUCUCAUUAGUUUUCAGGCUGAAGAAGUUGAUAUGACUGCACUCAAUCAUAUGACUGAUGAAGAUCUCAAGGCCAUGGGUAUUCCAAUGGGACCAAGAAAGAAGAUACUUUUAGCCUUAGAGUCAAAAGACUGA